GUAUUUGACAGAACAGAAAGGGUGAUCGAUCAUGAAAUUCCAAGAGGCACUAGAGAAAAGGUCGUUCGCGUAGCCGCGCUAGGUCCCAACGCCCCUGGAUGUUCAGAAUGUGGCAAGAAAAGGAAGGACCGGUCGUACGAGUGGAAGAUGUAACCGAAUUAGAAGAAAAACUGAGCAGAAUGGGGAUCGAAGAAAGCAAGGAAGAUGUACCCCUUGUGGAAGCAGAAGAGGAUGACGUUAGGAUUAACGUCAGGGAUACAUUUGAUAGGAUGGAGGACCUAGUGGAUAAAAUGCAAAGACUACAUUUGAAGCUUCAAGGGAUAUGUGAAGAAGCGGGAAAAGAAGGGGUUGGAUGCCCGAAGGUGUUUACCAUGGGACGUGGAGGAUCGGGAGAUGGGCCAAAUGAGCCCAACCCAAGAAUGUUGAGGGCCAACAUGGCCGCGAAAAGCAGUGGGGGUCAAGGAAGUGUAAGAGGUAUAGUUCCGUUCACUACAAGACGACCCGCGGGAGGAAAUCCUCCAAAGGAGCAAGCACAGGCUUCCCAGCCAGCAGAGGAAGAACCGUCUGUCAUGGUAGAAGGUGACGAAGACGAGGAUGAGAAAAUUAGGGAGGAAGAAGAAAGGCAGGCGGAAAUCAGGGCUAAGAGAAGAAAAGUCUAUCUUGCAAACCGGCCCAUCACGACAAUGCACACGCCUAGAGGACUGGUACAUAUGAAUGUUGCACCCCAAAGGUGGACCAACGUUGUGGCCACGGUGCAACGAAGCAUGAUCAGGGUAAUGCAGCCUAUCAGCCCUCGAAUCACCGAGCCAUACAUAGACGAUUUUGCAGUUAAGGGUCCGAUUGAGAAGGAUGAGUCAGAGGUGGCUCCAGGGGUGAGAAGGCGUAAACCUUGGAAAGAAGAGGUCAUGGCGCAGAGAAGAGCGGUGGCAGGGCCCUCUGGACCUACCUUGAGAAAGGGCGGGCAGAGGAGGGAUCAGAGAGUCUCAAGGAGCCUGGAGGAGUUGCCCAUUUACAGGGUUGGCGACAUCUUGCGAGUAUUCUUACGAGACCUUGAGGAGUGGGCGUUCAGGAGAGAAUGGGGUGACAAGGAGAAACUCGCGAAUGUGACUGGAGAAGGAAUGUACCAGAAAAUGAUUGAAGGAGCGGUGGCAGGAUGCACGAGGUGGAGAGUAUGCAAGGUGAGGUUGUGGAAGGAGAUUGGGGCCUUCCCAAGGGACGAUGUUGAGGAUGACUUAAGAUUUGAUUGGACCAAUCUGGAAGAUUUUAUCGACAGUUUGCAGCUGGCAGCUGAGAGAGGGGAAUGGAGUGAGGAAGAAAAGAAGAAACAAUUGAUUGUGAGAACAAAAAAGAGUGAGAAGGAGGAAGUGAAGGGGAUCGUGGAAGGGAGUCGAACCUGGCAGAGAAUAACGGCAGAAUUGGGGAUUGCAUACACCCAGGAGAGACAAGGUCAGACAAGGAAGGAAAGGUUGCAGGAAAAGGGGUUAUGGAUUGGAAGAGAGAUGGAUGAGCCGCAGGAAAAGGGUACGGAGGAUGAAGAGGAGGAUGAUGUGCCUUUGAAAAGAUUGAGGGACAAGAAAAGGGUCGCCCCCAAGAGCAGCAACGAGGGGUCUGACCAAGCAAGGGGAUAUGAACAGAAAGAGGGGGAGACAACAGAAAGGAGGUGGAAAAGCAUGGGGGCAAGUGUGGCACCAAAGGAAAGAAAGACUGAAGAGAAAAGAUCAAUUGAGUUUGGAAGGAAAGGGGUACAGGAAAAAAGGAGUGAGGAGGGAGAAGGAGCAAAGGAGGCAGGAGAAGAAAAGGAGCUUCAGAAAGGAAGCCAGACUCCAAGGGUUGAAAAAAUUAAGGGAAAAGGGUCGUUUGAAGGCGAAGAGGGGAAGGAAGGAGAGAAGGGUGAAAAAGAAAACAGGUCAAAAGAAGGUAAGGGAGAGGAAGCUGAAACAGGAAAGAGGAGACCAAAGUGUGGAGAGUCAUCCCAGUUGAGAAAAGAGGUGGAGGAAAGGCAGGAAAGUAAGGAGGAAAAGACUCAAAAAGACAAGAAGAGGAAAGGAUGGAGAAAUUAUAUGAUCAAGAUGUUACAGGAUGAUGACUUGCCUGUGAACUCCACGUGGGAUGUCAGAUUUGAGAGGAUGUUCCUCUCAGAACUAGUGGUAAGUUCAAAACACUCGGGUAACUUGCAGAGGAUGAUGGGGCUGCAUGAGAUGUUGGACGAGAAAUGCACCAGACUCUUCGAAGAUUAUGCUGAGAUUGCCAGAAAGAUGAGGAAGAUGGAAGGAGAAGGUGGAGUGAAGGAAAUUGGGGAGGACCUGGACAAAGUAGGGAAGGGACUCCAGGCAGAACUCAAGGGCAGCACUGAACUCUUCACUCAAGGGUUCUUGGAUUACAUCCCUGGGCUCUUGAAGGAGAUGAGCAGGCUAAGAAAGGAGGAAGAAGAGAGGGAUACCCAGGUGGCAAAAUUCAUAGGAGACAUGAAAGGGAUGAGGAAGGAAGUGGAGGAGUUGAAGAAGGGAAAGGAGGAGUUGCAAAAACAAGUGAGCACCUUGAGGGUUGCCCUGAGUAUGAAAGGCAGAGAACUGGAGGAUGAAGCAGCUGCAAGAGGAAGGGUGGAAAAAAAGGUGGAAGGUCUGUGCUCUGAGGUCAGUGUGCAAGGACUGGACCUGGACACUGAGAUCUCAGAGAGAAAGAAAUUGGGACAAGAGUGGGAGAAAAGAUGGGGUGAAAUAUUGAAGGGAAUGGAAGAGCUCAAAUUGAGCCAUGAGGAGAAGAGGGAUGAAACCACGAAAGUGGUGGAAAGGCAGGUAGGAGAAGGGACUUGAUGUCAGACAGGCAGAAGAAGGAGAAAGAGUCCCUUAGUCUAAGGAAGGAAGAAGGAAGAUGGACGAGUUGACUGAGGCUGGGGGAGAAGGACCAUCCAGCAAAGAGCCUC